AUGUGUGCUGCAGCCAAUGGGGAUUCUGUGGCACAACCGAAGACGUGCGGCCUGCGCUUCGAGUUGGAGAAGCGUCGUAUUGCGUACUACGAGACAUGGGCAGAUACCAAGGACUGUGACUCUUUCCGUCCCGAGGAUAUCCCUGUGAAGGCUUUGACACAUCUGAACAUUGCUUUUGGUGGUAUUAAAAAUUCCAAGGUCACCAUUGAUAGCUCUGAAAUAAUCCAGCGAAUGGUUAAACUAAAAAGAAAAAAUCGCUCACUUAAGCUUAUCAUCGCUAUUGGUGGAUGGGCUUUCAGCGAUCCUGGGCCAACGAGGACUGCCUGGUCUGAUAUGGCUUCUAGCGAAGAUAAUCGGUCAACUUUUAUAAAGAGCGUGAUGAGUCUCCUCGACACAUACGAUCUCGAUGGUAUUGAUCUCGAUUGGGAGUAUCCCGUUGCCGAUGAUCGUGGUGGAAAGGAUUCAGAUUACAAAAACUACGUGUCUCUGCCAAAGGAAAUGCAGCAUUUUGAUGUUGCAGGUCUUGAGCCCAAUGUGGAUUGGUUCAACCUCAUGAGUCACGACAUGCGCGGAAAAUGGGACCAAGAGAAUGAGUGGACUGGUCCAUACGUGUUUGGCCACACAAAAGUCACCGAGAUUGAGAAUGGCGUAGAUCUCUUGCGAAGAAACGACAUCGAUUUAUCAAAAGUCAAUCUCGGAAAGGGCUUUACGGGAGAACUUUCACUCUUGACGACGACACGUGUAACGAGCCAGGUUGUGUCUUUAGCGAUGCUGGCGUGCGUGGAGAAGAUUAUGGCUCGCCAGCAUCGAUUGAAUGAGAAAACAAUUCGAUACGAUGAGGAGAGCGGUGUCCGAUAUAUGAUCUAUGACGGCAAUCAGUGGAUCACUUAUGAUGAUGAGACCAGCUUUAAGAAGAAGCGAGAAAUGCUAGAUAAAGAGUGUUUUGGAGGUGUUAUGAUUUGGGCCAUUGACCAAGACACCAACGACUUCCAGGCAUUAACCGCUCUACUUGGUGACAAAUACGUCGCAGGCAGUCUUCCCGAAGGUGGUGAUCUCAGUGACGAAGAAAAAGAGGCUCUCGUCGACGAAAUGAGUGGACUCACUGGAGAUAAAUGCUAUGUCACUACGGGCUGUGUCGGGGCAAAAGCAACGAUCGAAGGGAACUCGAAGUGUAAUACAGGCGACGUGACUGUGGCGUACGUACAUUCGCCAGGUGAAGCUCCGUUUGAUCUGUACGGGCCUCUAUCCCAUAACUCCCAAGCUUGUGCUAAGGGGACAUACAAGCGAGUAUGUUGUCCUGCCAAGACGCCCGCCGUCAACUGCAAAUGGGAGGGUGCCCCAGGGGGAGACUCGACAAAGUGCACAGGCGGGGAAGCUGAAAACACUUGUGGCAAUGGAAGGUUUGAACUCUUCACAGACCGAUAUACGGAUGCCGAUGGUGGCAGCAAGUGCUCCGGGGACUCAAAAAGAUCCCUCUGCUGUGACGGGCCGCCUGAGAUGCAGAAAUGUCACUGGUCUCCAUGCACCGUAUUCGGUACUUGCUCGAGUGGUUACGCUCAACGAAUCGCCACCAGGGGCGAUUUUUGUGAAGAUGGAUCGUUUCAAAAUUUAUGUUGUGAGCUUGAUGCUGCGCUUGACAAUUGUGGCUGGGUACCGGAACUCGAAAAGGUGAAAGACAAUUUAGUGAAAUUCCCAGAUGCAGCGGAAUGCUCCAGAAGAUCCUGUCCAUCAACCCAGCUUACCGCGGCUAAAGCCAUAUUACCCGAUAAAGCGGGUGGACGUAUCGCACCCUGUGCGACAAACAACGAUGAUGACCCACAUGGGCCAGAUGAAACUGACUUUGGUGAUGAUCCUUACGGAUUAAUCGUGUUGGAUGGAGAUGAAGAUGCCCUUCAAGGAGAGUUUCCCAGUGACUUUGCUUUCACCCAUGCCGAAGAUGGAUCAGGAAAUCCCAUCCAGAAGCGAGAGUUUCUCACCCGUGAUGAACCUAAUGUGGUGGACUGGGCCUUUGAGCACGAGGAGUCAUCCCACCUUGUGUACUGCCGGAAGGAUCGAGAAGCCGCUUGUGAUAAGGUAUUCAAAGGAGGUGCUCCAGAUACCAUCAUAUCCCUCCCUAGACAUAUCGGGUCUGGCCCUUAUGCGCGUAUCAUCUCGAUGGAGCCAGUUGGAGAGACUGAUCUCUCGGAUUUCCACAUCAAAAAACGUGCUCGCUUUGAAUUGAUUCGCCGAGAAGAUGCAACCGUCAACGUUCGCAUUGAUUACACAAACCCGGUGCCAUACUGGGACUGGAUGACUGGCCCUGAAUCUGUCGGUGGAAAGAGCAAACGAGAGUUGCGUCACGAGAAGCGCUGGUGGGGCGAGUAUCCCGACUGGAUUAAGAGGUUUACAACCCUUCGCAACUAUGACAAAGGAAAACUGCCUAUGUCCAUCCACAAGACAAUACUACUAUAUAGUAGACGGGCUCAGUAUAGGCAUGGCAACGUCGAUCUGAAGGCUGGGUUAGACGUCACAUUAGACGCUAAAUUUGACAUGAAUGCGCGUUACUGGACGAAAACCGCUUGA